AUGUCUACGAGUAUCCCCUCAUCCUGCGACAUCCUCGUCAUAGGCAGCGGCAACGCAGGCUUCUCUGCCGCCCUCUCCGCCGCCCAAACAAACCCAGAAGCAGACAUCGUCCUAAUCGACAAAUGUCCCUCAACCUGGGCCGGUGGCAACAGCUACUUCACCGCAGGAGCCUUCCGCACCGUGCACAAUGGCCUACCCGAUCUCCUCCCACUGGUAAACAACAUCGACAGUCCCGAGAAAGCCAACCGAAUCGACAUGCCCAUCUACUCCGAAGCAGACUUCACCCACGACCUAAACCGCAUGACAAAUGGCCGCACAGAUCCAGCCCUAGCAAAGAUCUUAGUCCAAGACUCGCGCAGUACUAUCGCCUGGCUGGCGCAGAACGGCGUUCGCUUCCAAUUAUCCUUCAAUCGCCAAGCAUAUGAAGUAGAUAACCGCAUCAAGUUCUGGGGCGGUCUUGCGCUGAAAACGGAAGAUGGCGGUAAAGGUCUGGUUGAGGAUCAUAUCCGUGCUGCGAAGAAGAAUGGUGUAAAGAUCUUCUUCGAUAUGGCCGUGACCAAACUUCUCACGGACUCGUCCUCGGGAACUGACACUGUCAUCGGUGUUGAAGUUCACCAUCGCGCCAAUGACAGUACCAGUGCUAGCAACCUACCUCCAAGGCCCCGGGAUGCAAAAUUCACCAUCCGCGCCAAAGCCAUCAUCCUCGCAGCCGGUGGCUUCGAAGCAAACCCCCAACUCCGAGCACAAUAUCUCGGUCCCGGCUGGGACGCAGCCCGGGUCCGGGGAACACCCUAUAACACCGGCGAUCUACUCCAGAUAGCGCAGCGAGACGUUGCCGCAAAGGCUGUCGGUAAUUGGUCCGGGUGUCACAGUGUAGCCUGGGACGCCGAUGCGCCUGCUCACAGCGGAGACCGGGGUGUAUCGAACGAGUUCACGAAAUCGGGAUAUCCGCUUGGAAUAAUGGUGAAUCGGGACGGGGAAAGAUUCGUCGAUGAAGGAUCCGAUAUGCGGAAUUACACGUAUGCGAUGAUUGGGCGGCGGAUUCUGGCGCAGCCGGGUCAGGUUGCGUUUCAGGUUUGGGAUGCGCGGACGACAGGGUGGUUGCGGGAGGAGGAGUAUAGGGCUUCUGUGACGAGACAUUUGGUCGGGAAUAGUGUUGAGGAAUUGGCGGAUCGGUGUGUGGAGGCUGGAUUGACUGGUCGAGAGAGGUUUUUGGAUACCCUGGCUGAAUAUAAUGCUGCGGUUAGACCGGGGAAGACGUGGGAUCCUGCUGUUAAGGAUGGGGUUAGUACAACGGGGUUGGUCGUGCCGAAGUCGAAUUGGGCGUUGCCGAUUGAUCGGGCGCCGUUUUUGGCUACGGCGGCUGUGGUUUCGGAGACUACGGGGCGGGAGGUGCCUGGUUUGUACUGUGUUGGGGAGAUGCUUGGUGGUCUUUUCCAUGAUAAUUAUCCUGGAGGAAGCGGAUUGACUUCGGGUGCUGUGUUUGGACGACGCGCUGGACGAGCUGCGGCGAUGAGUCUUGGGACAGGAAGAGCUGUCUGUAGGCUGUAA